UUAGCACACCGGAAGUAGUUGUUUUAGCUCCACCCCCUGCAUCCGUCAUAUCCUGUUUGUAGAUGGGAAGGCGGGCGAAUUUGAAAGAGGAGCGGAGUCGUUCACAUCUGAAAACUGAUCAAAUUGCGUUAAUGAAUUCCAUAUAACGGGUUAAUCAGUGUAAGUAAAACAAAGGCGCGGUUGUUGUAGUGUUCGUGCGGCAGUGUUGUUGUGAUUGAUCGUGUUAGCGAAACUUACGGAGCAGCAGCUGUUUGCUUUAGUUUCUGGAUCUUUACCGUCAAGAUGAGCAGCAAAACCACACGAUUAUCGUCGAGGAAAAGCAGCGAUGAAAUCAGAAAGUCAAAUGGAAACAGUCCACCGCGAAGGAGAUCCAGCAGGUUGUCUGCAAAUGACGAGAAUCUGCCAUCUAAAGCUGCGGUCCCACCCGUGGCUGUGAAACGCUCAAUCACUGUUAGGAAAAUUGCACCCAGGAAAACUCAGGCCCUGUCUGACAGUAACAAGGAGAACGUGGAGCGAUUAUCCGAAGUGCCGAAGAAGCUGUCCAAAGUCUUGACGUCGUCCCCGGCUGUAGCGGCGGUGCCCAAGACAGCCGUCCUCUCGCCCAUCCUGCCUCCUUCAUCUCCGUCUCGUCAGCCCAAAGAAUCGGAGCAGGACCCCGUUUGGUCCCAGAAGGUGCGGCGCUCUUACAGUCGCCUGAGUAUGGGGGACAGGUCCUUCGAGAGCCCCAAAUCCCAUCCCGCGUCUUCCUCUUCUCCCAACACCCGAGAGACCCUGUUUGGUUUCGAGAGGCUUCAGACGCCAGAGGUGAUCCGUAAAAACGAGGGAUCUAGAGUGGCUCCUCAGGGCUCUGUGUCCUUCUCACUGGGCUCGUUCAACAUCUCCGCCGCUGACGACAGCACCUCCAACCCUCCAGAGAUCGAUCCUAACAUCCCGGGUGUGUGUCUGGGGAAGAAGACGACCAGGAGGAAGCGCGUACAACAGAUAAAGAUGUCAGAGUUGGACGUUCUUGCUGCGAAGAUGAAUGCAGAGUUUGAGGAAGCUGAAAGUUUUGAACUGUUUGUUGAAUGACAUUUCUAAAGACGCACACACGCACACACGCACGCUCAGGACAUUUUCAGGACCUGUCAUAGUGCUCAACUUAUUACUACUUUAUCAUUUAUUACAUUUACUGCCCUCUGUUUCUUGCUGCUUGCAAACUCUAUAGUAACAGAAAGCAAGUUUUAAGAGAUCAAACAAAUAGUUUUGUUGUUCUGGUAUAAUUUGAUUUCCACAGUGCUACAAUCAUCAAUAAAUCUUUCUUUGGUCUUUCUUUGUUUAUUUCA